UCAUUCAACUCAUUUCAACCGAAGAAGAACAACGGCAGAAGCAGCAGUAGUAGAAGAAGAAGUGACUGAGUUUGUGUAUUUUUUUUCUCUUUCGGCUCCAAAUUUAGUUUAAAACGUUCCAAACAAACAGAACCGUAAAGAACCUGAACCAGAAGACUGAAGCGGGGUUUUCUCCGGAACGGAACCGGCACAGGACGUCGAUACUCGAGGAACCAGAUCAGAGAGUCCAGGCGAGACCGGUUUGUCCUCAUGGACCCACAGCAAGGAGCUCAGGGACUCUCUGGUGGAUAUGUACAGAGCUAAUCCCAGAGUGAACGUGGAGCUACGACAGCGUCUACCUUCACCUGACAGGAGGUCUGUCUCUCCUUCUGUCUCCCCCGUCCUCCAGAGGAGGUCUGUCUCUCCUCCUGUCUCGCCUCCAUCCUCCAGGACACCAGGACGCGUGGGACUGAUGGACGAGGACCGUCCCCCCAGCAGAGGUCCCUCUCCUCGAGACGAGGGCGGAGCAUCCAGAGGACACCUGGUCCCUGGAGGAGACAGUCCUCGUCUCAUUUCUCCAUUGACUCUGGACCGAGACAAGAACACGUCCCUGCUGCUGAAGGAGCUGGACGCUCUGAGAGAGAUCAACGCCAAGCUUCAGGAGCAGCUGGUCCAGAAGGAGAAGGAGCUGCAGAGCAGGGAGGUGGAGGAGGAGCUGAGGGAGCAGCAGAGGGAGGCCCAUGACUGGGGGAGAGCUGCAGUGGUGUUAGAGGAGGUGCUGGCAGCUCAGAAGGACCGAGACCAGGCUGUGAUGUCACGUCUGCUGUUGGCCAAUCAGGAGAGAGAUGAGGCUCUGACUCUGGCUCGUCGUCUUCAGGAAGCUGCUCAGGCGGAGGAUGUGGACCUGGACGACUGUGACAUGGACGUGGACGAACUGCUUCGCUGCGUCUGUGGUGCUGACUCGGUCCAGGACCUCCAGCGGUUCGGCUCGGUUCUGGUCCAGCGUCUCCGGUUGGCACGGCAACGACGGCAGGACAUCACAGCUCAGGAGAUGAAGGCGGUGAUGGAGGAGAGGGACGAAUCCGUGGCCAAGGUGAGAAGGUGGUCCCGUCUGACCCGGGCUCAGCUCUAGGAGCCAAGGUGACCUGGUUUACUUGAAACCAGGUCAGAUCUGGUCUCUGGUCUGAGGACGUCCCCGUAUAAACUGACACUGGAUGAGGUCCAUGAAUUUCGGGGCUGGUUGGG